AUGUGGCCCAAAAGUGAAUUUCCCACAAAGCUAAUCCCUCCUCCAAAUCGCACUCGGAUGGGAAGGCCUAAGAAAAAAAGAAAACAAAGUGAGGGUGAAAGGUUAAGCAAAAAACAGAGGGCAAGUCAAGGUGAUGGAGCGAAUGCUAUACAAGAAGGAGGUUCCCAAAAACCAACAAAUGAUGGAGUGCAAAAGCUAUCAAGGAAGCAUAUCAGUGUUACUUGUAGCAAAUGCAAGAACAAGGGACACAACUAUAGGACCUGUAAAGGGCAAGGUGGGAAUCAGUCCAAGAAAAACAGAAACCCUAACCAACAACCCCUAAACCCUCACCUCGUUCUCUCAGGUUUAGCCUCGCAGUGUCGCACCAGUGCAUUGUGCACCACCGCUGCACCUCACGUCCGCAGAAGGAACAAGGAAGGUAGCAAAAUCGACAACUUUGGAAGUUUUAGUGGCUGA